AUGGCAGCUGCAUCAAUCAACCCUCCUAACCCUCGCAAACGCACUAGAAAACGUCGCAAAAGGCGUAACGUCUCCUCUUCCUCUUCUUCCUCCGAAAUAUCCGAUUCUUCGUCCUCUUCGUCAGACUCGGAGAACGAAAACGAAAACGAACCCUCAACAGUGAAGAUACCGCAGAAACCACCUGCAAAAGCAGUCGUAGCUUCAAAAGAGUCCUCAUCAAGCUCGGAAUCGUCAGCAGACUCGGAUUCAGAUUCAGACUCGUCAAUUCCAUUCCGCAAACCUCCCGCUGCAACAGAAACCCAAUCAACAUUAGCAGAACCAGACGGAGAAACGGCAGCUCCUCACGUCCCUCCCGUAUCCUCUUCCACAACCACGCAAAAACACACUCGAGCUCUCUCACCCCCGCCUCUCAAGAACGUACCCGAGCCAAGUAUCCUCGAUGGUGACAAAGCACACGAAGAAGCCCUCCGCGCACGGUUCCGUCAAUUCUGGCUUGGCAGCGUCGCAGACGCCUUUGCGGAUGAUUUGAACGAAAUUCGGAAGGAACCAAACUUAACACCCGCCCGUCUCUCCCUCCUCAUCGACUCCCUCGCAGCGGGUGCAGACAUCUACACUAGCUCUAGCAACUCGCCAAAGACAAAUUCAAAAUCAAACCCAACUUCAAACGAAAAAGGGAAAGCCCAAAUAAACGAAAUGGAAGUCAUCCUCGGCGAAAGCGAGUAAACGAAACAGACUUUUCACCUUCAAUCUACAGUACAUCUAGCGGUACGCAAUAUCCGUUCUGGACGGUGGUGGACCCGCGCUUGUUUUUUUAUCUUUUCUCUUCGGGUGCACAUGCAUUUGUACAUGCAUAACGACAGGUAGAUAGACGCCCUGAUCCAUGAUCUGCAUCCGACAUUCUCGUAUCGUCAUGUCCACUCCGCGCGCGCAACAAUCCGUUCACGUCGUACCUUCGUGCCUUGAACGAUCCGAUCCGUCGCCGUCGAACUAUACAGAUACCGCCCAACUUAUCUAUCUAGCCGCCCAACUCACUUUCCAGACCAUAACAUGUAUUGCUAUUUUCUUUUUUCGUGCUUUCUCAGGAUGCCUUCCAUCGACUCGAGGUUCCCGUCCUUCCCACCUAAUCAACCAUCUACACCCUAAUUCUAUAAAUCACACAAGAAUGCUUUAUCCAUGUGGUCUACUCGUCAUACUAGUAUCACUAUCCUUACACUUAUAUAUAUCCUUACACACACUACACACACUACACUGUCUCACAAUUAGCUCUACACACAUGUUUUACAUGUGUAAUUGUACCAUCUUCCCGAGUACCUCCCACAUGUAUCUAAUGCUACUUAAAUUUACAAACCGC